GAAGACCGUCUUCUUCACUCGCGGAAACAGCGCGUGGAGCCCAUUCGUCCGUUACUCUUCCCGCUGCUCUGCAACUGUGAGUCGCUUGCAUUGCGCACAAGCUCAGCCGAUCGGACGCCGACUCAACUGUUAUCGAGCCAUUGCAAGCUGCGUCUUUUUUUUGGGGGGUGCAGCUAUGUCGAAGCAUGGAGGCAGAACAAAGCCGUGGUGUGGAGUUCGGAACUACGGGGUCCGAAUUCUGAUCACUUCUUUGAUUCUCGUAUUCCUAGUCCUGUUCAUUUUCCUUAGAGACGCCGACAAGAAACCUGGAUCGGCACUGGGGUUGCCACACAAGAAGUGGAAUAGUUUCGACUCUUUGGUACAGUUUAAUCCUACCGUGGAGUUUAGAAAUGGAACAGAUGUGAUCUGGCAGAUUCCCAAUUCUCCAAAGGCAGUGCUGUUUAUAGCUCAUGGAUGCAACUGUAGAGCUGCUUACUUUUGGGACAGAUCUCCUACCUGUCUGAACUGUGUCGGCUUACCUGAGGAAAGGCUGCUAGUUCUCGAAGCUCUUGCCCGGAGAUUUGCUGUGCUUACCAUAUCAAGCAUGGGAAGAUGCUGGACUAUGGCAGAGGAGAGGAUCAUCGUUAGAGAUACAAUUAGAUGGUGGACUGCAAGCAACAAGCUGGAAAAUCUCCCUCUUGUGGCCUUGGGGGCCUCCUCAGGAGGGCACUUUGUUUCGGCGCUUGCCCGCAAUUUAAGGUUUAGCAGUAUUGCGCUGAUGAUUGCCGAGGGGAUGUUCGACCAAAUGGAUAUACCGGCACGUUAUCCACCCACCCUUUUCGUCCACAUGCCAAAAGAUACGUAUCGGCAGCACAAGAUUAGUCAAUAUAUGGAAGUUUUGAAGGCUAAAGGCAUAGAUGCUGCAGAAGUUGAAUGCACAGAGUUCCCUCUAUCACCGAAUAUUUUUGCUGACAGAAUUCCUGGUGUUGAUCAAAGUGUAUCUUCUAAGUUGUUCGAGCUGUUCCGUAAAGAGGGCUUUAUUGAUGAGAAUGGGUACAUGAAGACGGAUGGCCGUAGAACUCACUGGAAAAAGGCUGUCUCGAAGGAUAAGACGCUUAUUUUGGACAAGCAGUUGUUUCAGCACGUCCAAGAGGAACUCAAUCUUGCUUUUGCUUAUCACGAAAUGACCAGCUUACAGUCGGACCAUAUCUUCAAAUGGUUCGAAUCCCAUAUUAGCUGACCUCUCCAUGUAUAUAGUUUCUCCUUUCCAAACCCCAGAAAGAGUUUGGAUUGAUGUACCAGUUAUCCUAUAUCUGCGUCCCCCACCCUGAGACAGAAUUCGUGCCUAUUGUGACUCGAUCCUCGUAGAACUGGAAAUAGGUUUCUAAGGCUUCAUUGGUCAUUCCGGUGAGUUUAUUAGGUCGGAUAUAUCCAUAUGGAGAAAGUGGUGUCCUGACUUCCUGAUUCUAUGUAAUUGAUGCCGCAACGAUCUGUAACUUGCUCAAAAAUACAUUUUCUGAUAUACUCGAUCAUAUGAAUGUUUCAUUUCUUCUUCUUUGCAUGAA